GCGCUGUCUUGUGACAACAGGAGGACGAGAGACGACGGCGGCUCGGUGAUGCUGGGCUGACAAAAAAGUCGAUUUUUGCACUGCCGAUGGAGUGAUUUAAAGCAGAGAAAAGGCACCAUGGCUGCGAUUAUUAAAGAAACUCAAAGCAUAAGAGAAGCGGUGACUUUCAUCAAUGCCAUUGACUUGAACAAGUUCUCCAGACUCAUCUCCCGCAUCAUACAGAGGCUUCAUCUUAAGGGGGAGCGUACGUUCAGUGAAGAGGAGGAGGAAAAGUUGCAGACAGCACUGUUAUUGGACAAAAAGGCUCUUAAUCUAGUCCUGGAAACGGCUUCAUUCAUACUGGAGCAGGCAGUGUAUCACAACGUGAAGCCGCAUUCUCUGCAGCAGCAGUUAGAAGCAGUUCAUCUGAACCCAGACAAGGCUGAGGUGUUUUCCCAGACCUGGGCCACCGCUGGCCCUGAGCUGGUUGAGAGGCUCCGCCAAAGAAUCUUUGCUCCAAAGAGGUUGGAGCACGUAGGCUGGCAGUUGAACCUGCAGAUGGCUCAAUCCAGCCAAGCCAAACUAAAGACUCCUAGCGCUGUCCUCCAGCUGGGGCUCCACACAGAAGACUCCGAGGCUCAAGAGAACAUCUUUGUUGAGUUCAACCACCAGGAGCUACUUGAGUUCUACAACAAGCUAGAGAUUGUGCAAGGCCAGUUGGACUCCCUCACUUGAUGCCUGGGGCUCAUUGUCCUCAACACACACACACACACACACACACACACACAGACACACACACACACACACACACACACACACACACACACACACACACACACACACACACACACACACAGGAUGGUCUUUGCUGUGGCCGUUCAGAGAGGCUUGUUAACUGAUUAAAAAGAGACAGAAAUCACAGUUUUGCUGCAGCAGUUAUUUCGUGUCUGAGUCUUGGAGAGGCACUUUUCUGUGUUCACAGUCGCAGCACCCGUGUCAUAACAAGUUUUUAAAUGUUAGUCUGUAUCUUUACUUGUCAAGGGACUACACUGUAGCGAGGCCCACAUCAUAUUUCAAAGGUGUUUUCUAACUUACAUAUAGUUUCUCUACACGGUGAAUAAGAUCACUUGGUGUUUGAUGAUGCUGAUGAUGAAAUAUACCACGAAACAUCGUGAAUGAUCCAGUCAUCAGUACAAAUAAACAAUAAUCAAAUGUAGGACUUCAAUUAUUGUAUAGCCAAAAAAAACCAAAAAACCAAAACAAAACAACAACUGUGAUUUUAAUGACAUUAAAUUUCAACGUGGGGUUCAGAAUAAAAUCAUCUAGUUUUUUUGGUUUUAAACAGAACAACGUCUGUGUGAUUUCAAUAAAAGCUGAAGUUGAUGUAGAAUCA